GUUCCUUUCAUUUUUUUUCUCCAUUGACGGAGGCUGGAGGGCAAGAAUACCCUUACAAAAAACGAGUUCUUGAAUCGCCUCAAUUUCCCCAGAAAAUAGCCGUCUUAAUCUAUUUUUAAAUAUUUCUUAAGAUUCAGUCGAAAUACCAAAAUCAUUUUUUAUUUUUUUAUUUUUGGCCUUUACUAUCGUUUCGGAUCUGAGUGAAUUCAAGCUCAGAUUUUCGUAGCAGUCGAGUGUAGAUCGGAGAUUCGAAGCCUCACUUUGCUGCACCCGAAGCAGCUCUACAUAGAAGCAACGAGGUGCUAAGCGAAUCAGUGAAGAAGCGAGAAUGACGACCCGUAUAGCUCCAGGUGUGGGAGCAAAUCUUCUGGGGCAACACUCAGCGGAGCGCAACCAAGACGCCACUGCCUAUGUCGGCAACCUUGACCCUCAGAUUACUGAAGAGUUGUUAUGGGAGUUGUUUGUUCAAGCAGGUCCAGUAGUCAAUGUUUAUGUCCCCAAGGACAGAGUUACUAAUGCUCAUCAAGGAUACGGUUUUGUGGAAUUCCGAAGUGAAGAAGAUGCUGACUAUGCAAUUAAGGUACUGAAUAUGAUUAAACUUUAUGGGAAACCAAUACGAGUGAAUAAGGCAUCUCAAGAUAAAAAGAGUGUUGAUGUUGGUGCCAACUUGUUUGUUGGGAACCUUGAUCCUGAUGUAGAUGAGAAGCUUCUAUACGACACUUUUAGUGCUUUUGGAGUUGUUGUCUCAAAUCCAAAGAUAAUGAGAGACCCUGAGACAGGGAAUUCCCGUGGUUUUGGUUUCAUUAGUUACGAUUCAUUUGACGCCUCUGAUGCAGCAAUUGAGGCAAUGAAUGGUCAAUAUCUUUGCAACCGUCAAAUUACUGUGUCAUAUGCCUACAAGAAAGAUACAAAGGGGGAACGUCAUGGCACUCCUGCUGAGAGGGUUUUAGCUGCUAGUAAUCCGGGUACCCAGAAAAACAGGCCUCACACAAUGUUUGCAAGUGGACCCCCAACACUUCCCGGUGUUCCACAAGCUAAUGGUGCGGUUGCUACUCCCGUUCCCCCACGGCCUUUUGCAAAUGGUCCUAUGCCUCCAGCUCCUGUUCCAGCAAUCCGGCCACCACCUAUGCAGCCUAAUAUGUACCCACCAAUGCAAAUGCCUCCACCACAAGCUUGGCAGGGACAGCCUAUGCAACCAGGUUCAGCUGGCAUGCCUCAGCAGCAAAUGCAAUUCAGAGGAAUGCCACCUCCACCGCCCCCACAGGUACCUCCACCCUUAAAUAGGCCCCCUCCACCACCAGCUGCAAUGGGUGGUAAUGUUUGGCGACCACCACCACCACCUCAGCACUUUAAUGGUGGUCACCAUCCAAUGCAACAUGUGUCGAUGCCGCCACCCCCUCCACCUGCACAAGGUUGAAAACUUGAGAUGCCAAAUUUUGUAGUAGCUUGAAUGUAUCUUUACUUUCUGGGAUACAUAUUGUUAAACUAGUGCAUACGCUGUAAAAAAGUGGACGGUAUUUCAACCUUUUAGUCGAGGAUUGUUCCAUGUGGAAGUAACUUUUGCUUUUGACCUCUAUGGGAGGUAGAGCAAGAUGAUUGUUGAUUUAGUGGAAACGCCAUAUGCAAUCUCUGAGA